CUCGGGGGGCGGGCUCGUAUGGGCGGAUGGAUUCAUUUUAAGCAGCAGGCGGCCCUCCGCCUCCAUUUAAGACGGGGAGAGCAGCGCGGGCGGCAGUUGCUGUGGUUUCCGUCCCGAGGUGUCCUUGUUGGUUCUCAACUUGGCGGACGUAGCGUUCUGGCAUCCACGUCCCGCCGUGAGGGCUGCAGAUCGGGAGGUCAGGACUCAGCUACCCUUCUUCGGGCCAGGGCCGGCCCCCUGCUUUGCCUUCGCCGCUCAGUGCUCGUGUCUACUCAGGGGCCUAGCUCGGCUCCGGGGCGGCUGAGGAGAAGGCCGCUGGCGAGAUGUUCAAAAACACUUUCCAGAGCGGCUUCCUCUCCAUCCUCUACAGCAUCGGCAGCAAACCCCUGCAAAUCUGGGACAAAAAGGUGCGGAAUGGCCACAUCAAAAGAAUCACUGAUAACGACAUCCAGUCCCUGGUGCUAGAGAUUGAAGGGACAAAUGUCAGUACCACAUAUAUCACAUGUCCUGCAGACCCCAAGAAGACACUUGGAAUUAAACUUCCUUUCCUCGUCAUGAUCAUCAAAAACCUGAAGAAAUAUUUUACCUUCGAAGUACAGGUACUAGAUGACAAGAAUGUGCGUCGACGAUUUCGGGCAAGUAACUACCAGAGCACUACCCGGGUGAAACCCUUCAUCUGUACCAUGCCCAUGCGGCUGGAUGAUGGCUGGAACCAAAUUCAGUUCAACUUAUCAGACUUCACCCGGCGAGCAUACGGCACAAAUUACAUUGAGACCCUAAGAGUGCAGAUCCAUGCAAACUGUCGCAUCCGACGGGUUUACUUCUCAGACAGACUUUACUCAGAAGACGAACUACCAGCGGAGUUCAAACUGUAUCUCCCAGUUCAGAACAAGGCAAAGCAAUAACUGGAAUACAACUCAAGGGAUAGACCCUGGAUGUGACUCUUAGUUUUAAAAGGAAACUCUCUGGAGGACAAUGCAAAAAGCAUAUUUAUAUUAGUUCACUCUGCUAUAGUUCUUUUAUUUACUCCUGGUGUCCUGUGUCGUGGACACCAGUGACCAUGCCAUAUCUCUGCAGUUGCAUUGUAAACACAGCGGGGGAUAAGCAAUCCUGUGAAUGAUACGUGAAUGCUGGAGUUUACCCUGCUGCCUGCCCCAGAGUGUGGGGAGAUAAUAUUUACCAUGAACUUAACAGAAUUAAAGAUGUCCCAUAAGGCAAUUUCAGACCAAUAUUUCUUCCGAUGGUUUAUUCUUUGUUUUAUAUAUUAUCUAAAUAUAUGUAUAUGCUGUGUAAUACUCAUAAUCUGGAAAUGAAUAAAAUGUUAUAUUCUUGGUUUGUAAA